AUGGCCGCCACUGACUCCAAUACCAACGCCACGACCGUCCAGGUCACGAUCGACGCGAGCAAACCCGGAUCUGGCUCGCGCUUUGUCGUUUCGUCAGAGGGCGGGGUGAUCCAGCCCCUGCCAUCGCUCAACCGACUCCCGCGCGUCGGCAACAACUCCAAGAACACAAGCAACCCGGUGUUUCGGUUUGGGGGAUCUAUGGAUUUCCCAGAGGAUGUUCGUCGAUACAAGGUCGAGGUUGCAGCAGAAGCCAAGAUCCAGAGGCAAGACGAGCGUGAGAAACGGGCUGUCCGAUACCAGCAGCGAAGGCUCGAGGAGAUUGAGAAGCAGCGAUGGCAAAAUAUGUCAAUCCAUAACCAGCGCCAAGAAGAAACAUGGAAUUUCAAGCACAAGCGGGCUCAAAUCGGCAAGAACAGCGUUCACUACAAUCCCAUCACGCUGGCAUACCACAACGACAGCCAAGGCACCAAGCUGGCGACAGAUGAUCGCGAAUCGAUUUACCGAACAUCACUGCGGGCCGCCCACCUGUAUCUCAAAAACAACACCUUUGAUCCGCUACUCUGCAAGGACAUUCCGCGGGCACUUUCGGAGCCGUUGAAGGCUCCGCCCCAGCCCAGCCAGCCACGCACGAGGCGCAUUGGCUUCAACGACGACGGGGAGAGACGGUCGGCUCUCAAGACCGAGAGCCUGGGCACCAGCAAUGUGCCGCAGAUGCUGAUGCGUGUCGCCGCCCAGAACGGUGCGGUCCUGGGGGCUCCGACGACUGGCCUGCCGAUGGGAGGGGGGUCGAUCUCGGACGGGAUGCUCAGCGUCGACUCCGACAUUGGCCGCAAGCACCAGUGGAGACGGCAUUACUGAGCGGCAGGGCGGCGAGGCGGAUCGAACAUUUACGGAUGACACCUUUAUCUCUGCAACAACGACAGACCUGCCGUGUGGGUUUGCGUCAUCAGGGUUGUUCGGGCGGACGAGUCGC